AUGAUUGAUCCGCCAAAAAGUGUGGCGGAAUUGGAACAGGAAAAACGAAAAAGGGAAAGAGAAGGAGGGAUCGAGGGCGGUGGAAGUCCACCACCGCUACAAGAACCAGCUUUCCCGGUCAAUAUUUCCUCCGGACCUUUGGCAUAUACCUACCGAUUUCACGAACUCCACAUUCACUAUGGAACUAGCGAUGGUGUCGGAUCUGAGCAUACCAUCAGCGGCUAUGCCUUUCCUGCCGAGAUCCAAAUAUUUGGAUUCAAUGCCAACCUUUACCAGAACUUCUCAGAGGCUCUGACGAAAUCUCAGGGGGUAGUAGGAAUUGCCAUCAUGUUGCAGGAAGGAGAACAAGUGGACCAGGAACUGAGAGUGCUAACCAACCAACUGAGCAACAUACGAUUCGGAGCCAAUCAAUGGGGAGGGAUGGUGGGGAUCCCUUGACCAUCCCACGCAGAUAAUGCUGGUCUAUCAAAGGUGCAAGAUACGUACCCCUAUUUUUUUACUGCUUCUCAUAAACGUGACACUCUAUCGGAAAAGUCGUCCCAAGCCAGAUAUUCUGACUCGUUGGCGAACUUCAUACAGCCAUUACAUCUAUCGUCAAAAUGCGUCCCUUCAAGAAGCAAUGUUUCCUUUUCUCAUUGUGUUUCGAGAGAUGAUGAAAAAAAAAACAAUU